CUAAUGUUUGAGAUUACAGUCGCAACUUCUGAUGUUCUGAUUCCUUGAGUGACCUAGACAAAAAUGGCGACUCGUCUGCUACGACUUUCAUCCACUGUUCGGAAUCUUCCCAACAGGAAUUCCUUAUCCAAGUUACCAAAGAAAUGGCGGUCGACAGCUGCCGCCCACGCCGAGGUGACAGUAAACUCGCCGCCCACCACGGUGACCACCCUGGACAGUGGACUGCGAGUCGCCACCGAGGACUCGGGUGCGCCAACCGCCACCAUUGGCCUCUGGAUCGAUGCCGGCUCCCGGUUCGAGACCGAGAAGAACAACGGAGUCGCUCACUUUCUUGAGCACAUGGCUUUCAAGGGUACUUCAAAGAGGAGUCAGACCGACAUUGAAUUGGAAGUGGAAAAUAUGGGUGCUCAUCUGAAUGCUUACACAUCUCGUGAGCAGACCGUCUUCUAUGCCAAGUGUCUCAAGAAUGAUGUUCCAAAGGCUUUGGAAAUUUUGUCUGACAUCAUUCAGAACUCAAAAUUGGGUGAACCAGAAAUCGAGCGCGAACGUGGCGUUAUUCUGAGAGAGAUGCAGGAGGUUGAAACCAACCUUCAGGAGGUGAUCUUCGAUCAUUUGCACUCAGUUGCAUUCCAGGGAACACCUUUGGGACGCACCAUUCUUGGACCCACUGAAAAUAUCAAAUCGAUCACUCGCCAGGACCUGGUGGAGUACAUUAGCAGCUACUACACGCCGAGCCGCAUAGUACUGGCUGGAGCUGGCGGAGUUAACCACAAUGACCUGGUCAAGCUGGCAGAACAGCACUUUGGCAAAAGCCAGCCCAAGUAUGGCGUGCCUGCCGAGCCGGCUGGCUGCCGAUACACUGGAUCUGAGGUGCGCAUUCGCGACGACUUCAUGCCUUUGGCGCACGUGGCGGUAGCAGUGGAGGGGUGCGGCUGGGAGAGCGCCGACAACAUCCCUCUGAUGGUGGCCAACACCCUCAUUGGCGCCUGGGAUCGCUCGCAGGGCGGCAGCGCCAACAAUGCUUCAAGCAUUGCGCGCGCAGCUGCCAGUGAGGGCCUCGCGCACUCCUUCCAGUCCUUCAACACCUGCUACAAGGACACCGGCCUCUGGGGCACCUACUUUGUCUGCGACCGCAUGACCAUCGAAGAUAUGUUGGGUGAAAUACACGACGAGUGGAUGAAGCUGUGCACGAGUGUGACCGAGGCUGAGGUGGCCAGGGCCAAGAACCUGCUCAAGACCAACAUGCUGCUGCAGCUGGACGGCACCACGCCCAUCUGCGAGGACAUUGGCCGCCAGAUCCUCUGCUACGGACGCCGCAUUCCCAUCCACGAGUUGGAGGCUAGGAUUGAUGCGGUGACGGCGAGCAAUGUGCACGAAGUGUGCAUGAAGUACAUCUACGACCGGUGCCCCGCCGUCGCAGCCAUUGGACCCAUUGAGCAGUUGCCCGACUACAACAGGAUUCGCUCCCGCAUGUACUGGCUUAGGCUCUAAUCACACAUUCAUCUUGUACAAAGCUCUAUCAAAUUAUCCUAGUUCAAUAACCGUACUGUAUUAAAUCAGAAACAUGAAAAUAUUCAUCGAUUGCUUUCAUUUUUUCUAAAUUCCUGCUGCAUUUCAAGUAGAAUAGUAGUCAAUAAUAUUGAUUAUCUUUACUCGUAAAUUUCACGAAAUAUUGUGUCAUUUUGUGUUGAGUUGUACAAUAGAAUUGUUAAAUAAAGUUAUUCUAUGUUCACUGUU